AUGACUGAUAAUAGAAGAAAAAGACACCAGAAUCAUAGUGGAUUGUUCCAUGAAGAUGUCCAUUUAAUACAGAGGAGUUGCAAAUCAUUAGUGGGAGGAUUUACACAUACUGCAUAUAGUUUAGUUGUCCUAUUUGAAGAAGAUAUAGGCUGCCUCUUUGAAGAUGAUCUCUGCAAAACUUAUGAAAUCUGUGUAAAUGAUGGAGUAUUUGGGAAAUGUCAGCGAGUUCCAGUGAUAGAUGUAAACAAGUAUGAAAUUUCACCAUCAACACUUCAUCGUUUGAGAAUUGUCUUGGAGAAGUUGCUGCACAGAGGGUUUACAUGGCAUGAUGAUUAUACACAGCAUAUUAUAGCCCGUGAGCUUUCUGGUCUCCCUAAGACCCAUGACUGGCAUCUGGAAACAUCCUCAUCUGAAGACCCUGAAGACUCAACUGGGAUUUCAAAACAGGAACCUGACGGGAAUUUGGAAAAAGAUGUGUCCCCUCAACAAUACCUUUCCUACCUGGAUAUUCUUUCUCAGUCUGGAGCUCCAAAUUUAUAUUCAACAAUAAAUGCCAACAAAUCCCCUUUUAAGGUUGGCAGCAUUCCACCAAGGUCCAUGAUCAACUAUAUAAUGCAGAAUUCUAGAGGGAAAACACCUGCUAUGACCUAUUCAGUACCUGUCCAUUCAAAGUAUAUUGAAAACAUUCCUGCAAGGAUCCUCAACAAAUCACAGAUGGACACAUUUCAACUAAAACCUGAAGAACAAUUAGGCAGGAAAGAUCUGUUGAUGAAACUUAAUGCAUAUAUCACUCAGAAAUUAUCAGGCAAAAACCUUGAUGGGCAUUCAUCUGUUAGCAGGACUAAAGAAACUUCUCCUUAUGACAACAGCGUUAAACCUCUUCACAUUGACCAAUUUGAUGGAAUAAUAUCCAAAGAAAAGCUAGGAGGUUUUGAGAUGAAACCACAGUUUUUACAGAGGCCAGUAUCAGGAUCGGUGUCUGGAUCUGCACGGAAUGAUUUGAAGCUUUCUCUAAAUCCAAUAGAUGAAAUAUUUAUUCAAGAUAUUCUGAGAGACCUGAAGAAACAUCAUGUGGAUGUAGAUAAGUUGAGCCCACUGGAGCUGGACAAGAUGGCUGAUAUCAUUGCUGAAGCUGUUCAAAUCUUUGAUACCAAUGGAGAAAAGAACAAUGCUGCUGGGAAGGUUGAAGGAGAGAGAAUUGCAACAGGAGUGGGUGCAGAAGGAGAAAACAAUUAUGAAAUGGGAGAGAAUGAAGGUUUUCACGUGCAAGGAGAACCAUCUAGAUUCAAAGGUACCAGAUUUCCUGAAUAAAAAUAUGGUUCCUGAAAAUCUGUCAAAGUCAUAUUUGUCCGAAGAAUCCUUUAAAACAGAAAUGAAAAAAUCAGAUGAUUUAGACCUUUCAUCUUCAUCUGAAGAAGUCAAGGUUGGGAUUGAAAAUGUGAAGAGCGAAACCUUCUCAAGAGAACUGAACGCUCACAAAAAAGCAGAGUUUGAACCCAGCUCCAAGGAGCUAAGUGAGCUUCAUCACUGGAUUAAGAAUAUGUGGCUUCAAGAUGAAAGUGUUUAUGAAGCAACUCAAGAAAAGAUCGGAGAAGGCCUCAAGUUAGAUGCAAAGUCUUCCAGAGAGGAAGAAUAUGGCUACAUCAUGACAGAGAAAGACCCUCUGAGUGAAGAAAAAGGUUUGGACUUAAUAAAGGAAGUUGCUGGUCUUCUGAAGCUCCAGAUGACAGCAUUUGCUGAUAUCAACAUAUUGGGGCCAGCUGUGACCUUCAAAGUGCACCCAAAUGCUCUUGGUAUUACUACUGCUGAUGUUGUCAGAAAAGCAGCUGACAACAAAAAUAUGCUUGAAAAAGAUACAGGAUUGAAAAUAUUGAAGAUUGGCAUGGAGAAGAAAAACAAGCUGGAACUUUUGCCUCUCCAUGCUCAGGAAGAGAAAGAUACCACCAAAUUUAUCAUACUGACACUCCUCUCCAUUGCUUGCAUUUUGGGAGUCCUUAUGACUUCGGGAGUGAUCUACUGCCUGCGCCAUGGCUCUCAUCACAAACUAAAGGAGAAGUUGACAAGCCUAGGCUCUGAUCCCAGCUCGGAUGCUACUACCACUUAUCAGGAAUUAUGCCGUCAGCGUAUGGCGGUGAAAACAUCAGAUUGUUCAGAACCUCUACAUGCUUCUCGUAUUAAUAGCAUAUCUUCACAGUUUAGUGAUGGACUUAUUCCAAGUCCUUCUACUCGAAGCAGCACUUCAUCCUGGUGCGAAGAACCAGUCCAGUCUAAUAUGGAUAUCUCGACUGGUCACAUAAUAUUGGUGUAUGCAGUAUUCAAAACAGGCAAGGACACUUCAGAUGUGGCCUACAUGGAGGACCAUUUGAAAAACAAGAAUCGUCUAGAAAAAGAAUGGGAAGCACUUUGUGCAUAUCAAGCUGAGCCUAAUGCAACUACCAAUGCCCAUAAGGAAGAAAAUAUCCAGAAAAACCGCUCUCAAGUUAUAGUAGCAUAUGAUCAUUGCAGGAUAUGUUUGAAAGCUGAAAAUAGUCAUGACAAUUCAGACUACAUCAACGCAAGUCCAAUUAUGGACCAUGAUCCUAGAAACCCUGCAUAUAUAGCUGCUCAGGGUGCAUUGCCUUCUACUGUCACAGACUUCUGGCAGAUGGUCUGGGAGAAUGGUUGUGUGGUUAUUGUAAUGCUGACCCCUCUCACUGAAAAUGGACUCAAACAGUGCUACCACUAUUGGCCAGAUGAAGGGUCAAAUCUCUACCAUAUCUAUGAGGUAAAUCUGGUCUCUGAACACAUCUGGUGUGAAGAUUUCCUUGUAAGAAGUUUUUACUUGAAAAAUCUUCAAAGCAAUGAGACUAGGACAGUAACCCAGUUCCAUUACCUUACCUGGCAUGAUCAACAAGUUCCUGCAUCUACAAGAUCUCUUCUGGAUUUUCGCAGAAAAAUAAACAAGUGCUACAGGGGCCGUUCUUGUCCAAUAGUUGUACAUUGCAGUGAUGGUGCAGGAAGAACUGGAACCUACAUCCUAAUUGAUAUGGUUCUCAAUAAAAUGGCCAAAGGUGCUAAAGAAAUCGAUAUUGCUGCUACUCUGGAGCAUUUGAGAGAUCAAAGACCUGGAAUGGUUCAGACAAAGGAACAGUUUGAGUUUGCCCUGACAGCAGUUGCAGAAGAAGUGAACGCAAUACUCAAGGCACUUCCACAGUGAGCAGCCUGUGGUCUGUUGAUUGGAGGUUUCUAAUGUGGCUGGAUGGUCUCUCUCUUUCUCUUUCAUUAUUCCUGGUCCCUGUGGAUGUUGUUGGAAAUGUGACCUGAUUCUAAUUGUGUGUCUGCUGUUGUAACUACAUUUUGAUUGGUCCUUUACAAAUGUCUAUUACCAGGUUAAAUUCAACCAGGAAUUUGUAUAUUAUUUUGGUUAAAAUAAUCAGAAAUAAUAAUACACCAAGACCUUACGUGAUAAGAACAAUCCCUCUACUUCUUUUACAUCAGUGAAGUCCUAAAUUUCAUGCUUUGAAAGCACAUGCACAUCUUGUUAAUAGAAAAUAUACACUGUUUUAGAUAAGCAGUACAAUAAAUGUAUGUCCAGCAACACAUCAUUCUCUUACAUUUUUGCCAUUUUUCCAAAACUAUAAACUCGGGUGGGAAAAAUUAAUAUUUUUAAAAGCACUGAUUGCUUUAAGAAAGACCAAGCAAGCCCAUAGUAUAAUCCCUCAUGUUUUCAUAAACAUUAGUUCAAUUUAUAUUUUAAAAAACUAUGCGUUUCAUGCUGUGUCUUAAGCAAACAGAUUUUUUUCCAAUUUUCUGUAAUGAAUAAAAGCAAAUCUUAAGCUCAGUUCAGGGACCUGGAUGGUUAUAACAGCUAUGGAGGAAAUGUCAGUCCAGUUAGUAGGAGCCCAAGGUUCAAAAAGCACAACAAACUUUUAUUAUGUGUUGCUACCCUAAUGGGAAGAAAGUAGGCAGAAUAAUUUAACCUCAACAGAUUUUUAAAAGCCCUCUACUGACUUCGUGUUGGUUUUCUUUCUAUUUUUAUAACUUAACAUUAUUUUAUCUUUUUAAACAACCAAACUGUACACUAUUUUAAAGAUCUUAAGGAGAUUCUUCUAACUGCUUCUUAUCUGUUGAAUUGCUAGCAUUGUUAUUUUAAACUAUAGCAAGUUCUUUGUUUGAUAUAUCCUUGAAUUUGCAGAAUAAUUAUAAACCUGAAAUUAUCUGUUUUCCCUUCUGAUUUUCCCUUCUUUAUCACUUAUAUUUCUUGAAAAUAAUUUUUUUCAGGACUACUGCCACUGUAAAAUAAUCUGAUAAUGCCCUGUGAAUCAUACUUAAAAAGGAAAUGUUUAGGUUUCCUCUCUCAAUUGCUCCUUUGCACAUGCAGUAAUUUUUUUAAACAUUUCCAUGUGCCUAGCGUUUGUUAAUUCAAGAGAAUGGAACAAGUUUUUGGGACAUGUCUACAUUUAUUUGAAAUGUAAAGUAAAAAAAAAAUACAUUUCAAUUACUGUAUAGUAUGCUACCUAUUUAUUUCUUCUAACGCUACUGGCUUAUAUUGUGAAUUUCAUUCCAUAGUACGAGUAUACAUUUCCAGGAAGAUCACAGCAAUGAUGUUGUGAAUUAAAUUGCACAUUGCAGUUCUUGGGCACAAUUCAUCAAACAUUUUCAUUGGGGCUUACAUAAGUAUUCACCAGCCGCUAUUAUGGUAUCUUCUCUCUUUAACCUUGCAAGCUCCAUUGAAACCUACAGAAAACCUGUAGCAGCAACGAUUGGAGUAUUCAACCCAACUAUCUCAACUGUUUAAUGUAAGCUUAAAUGCAACCUUCUAGUAAUUAAAGAAUUGUUUCAAAAAGAUUUAGAUGUAUUAACCACUAUGUAUUUUUCUUCACAUUGUUUGUGACAUAUAUAAAAUGCUUGGUUUGCAUAUUUCAUUAUUAGUCUUGCAAAGCAGUCAAAGUGGAUUCUUUUAUCCUCUUCAUAUAUUUAUUUCUUGCAUACAAUCACAUGGUAGUAUGAUAAUACCAACAUUUUACAAGUAGUCUAGUAAUAAGUAAAAGAAUAGCAGAAAAAAUGUCUUUUCAUUUGACAAUUUAUUCUUAACAAGUAAAGAAUAGGAAUUAAGGGAGAUAAAUCAAUUAUGGUGAUAUCUGUCAAAAUGUGUAUUAGGCUUACUGGAAUUAAACAAUAUACUAUGCAUUCUUUACAGAUUAACAUCUACAUCAAAAUGAAGAUAAACAUUCUAAAGAGACAAGUAUCACAUACUUCAUUAUUAGAUACAGUAUUCUUGGAAAUAUUGUGUUACUAACCUAGAAGAAAAUAAUUUAGGCCAUAUUCAAAUGACUUACAUUUAUAAGAUCCAGGACAAUGUUGAAUUGCUUAGAAUCUCAAUAAUAUUGUUUCAGUCUGAUUUGAAAGGAGCUUAUCCAGGCUGGUUUCCAAUGGUAAGCAAAUAAUCUUUGUGGGUUUUUUUCUGUUACUCAUUGUUCUUACCACCUACAAGAGGCCUGUCAAACUGGUGGUCUGCGUGCCAGAUGCGUCACAUGUAGGCCUUGCCCACCCGAGCUCCACAAAAGCAAAAAAGGUAAUGAUACAUCACGAUACAUCACAAGAUGUGAUCGAGUUUGACAUCCAUGAUCUAGAAGGUUCUACUAUUUGAAUUUGCCCGUACAAUUUAAAUCAGUCCCUCUCAUGAAGUGACUAGUACCCUAGCAACAAAGUCUACUUUCAAGCAUUUAGCGACAGGUGACUAUCAGUACUGGCAAACUAUGAUUUGUUGUUUCCCACAAGCUAAAAUAUGAAACCAGGUCAUAGAUUUUAUCAUGUAAUUCAGACAUUGUUGAAAAUUACAUUUGUUGCAACUUUCUGGCAUAUUUUUCACUUUCCUUAAUGGCUUUCACACACAAAAAGAACGAGAUAAUUGCAUGCUAGGGAAGACUAUGCAUUUGCAUAUCAUCUUUUGGGAUAUGAUUGUCCAAACAGUAGGUAAUACAUCAAUUCUUUUGUUAAUAUUUUGUUGUUAAUGUGUUAAUAUUUUGAAAUUAAGAUGAAGCUGAAUAUGUUCAUAAGAGUCCUGAUAUGAUUAAUAUAUACAACUGUCUCCUCAAACAUAGCAGAUCCCAUCAAUUUCUCUUCUUUAGGAAAAGUGGGGUAAACCCAAACUAGCCCAUUAUCAUCCCUCAAGUUGGUAUAUCACAAGUGUCUAAUAAUACUGUACUAUAUGUCCAACAUUACGACACAUGUAAUUCCUGAAUAAAUAAUUAUAUUUUAACUAUUUCUCAGAUUCCUUUUAAGGCAAAAGCUAAUCAAAGUUACUUUAUAAAAUGCAAUAACAUGCAAAAAUAAAACACAAAAAGACUAGCCAUUAUAA